AUGGAUUUCUAUUUAACAACAAACCGUCUGAGCCCAGCACUCCCUGUUCUCCAUGACCACGAUCUGGAACAUUGUGUUGAGUAUGUCCCGGUCAUUGAAGAAAACAUAACCACUCUUACACAAUCCCAAAAAUUCAAAAAAGGUUUAAAGAUAUCACAAGUUCUUGCCUUACUUGUUAGUGAGGGUGGUAUGUCUACGUUCAAAAUACGGCAUGAAGUCUUCCAGUCUUUGGUUAGGAGCUGGAAACUUGGCCGCGAAGUAAUUGUCCAGGAAGUGGGACGGACAGAAACCGAAGCCGACCUGGAAGCAGAGGACCUUAGUGAAACUCACCAUGAAAAUUACAUCUCGGUAGAAGAGGUAAAGGAAGACAAGCCGACAGGAGACACCGAUGAAAGAGAGCUGAAAGCAGACGAUGAACCGGUGAAUGAAGUAAGUAGUCAGAAUGAGAAUAAGGAACAAAUCUUAAAGGAGGACUCCGUGGUAACACAUGGUGAUGAUAGAAAGGGCAUUAAGUCACCUGACUUUUCCCAAAUAAAGAUGCCGCCCAAAAUUCUAAAAAGAGGCCGUCCGAAGGGAGCGGAAGUGACGGUAAUUCGCUUCCCGAAGAAAAAGAAGAAAACAGAAAGUCAGAAUAAGUUACUUUCCUUCAAGAAGCUCAGUCCGAUCGAAAAAGACCGAAUGAUCCUAGGCUCUCUGUCAACGUCACAAGCCGUGGGUGAAGCCAUUGCGGGUCAUCGAUUGCUGAACAAAGAAGACAUUUUGCCAGUUGGAAAAAUGUCAGAUACUAUCAGGGAUGACGAAAUGGUGGACAUCCAUCGAGUUGAAAAGUACUUUGAUAGAGAUGCAUGGUUGUUAGUUUUAAAAUCAAGUAGGGAGAAGAACUGCAUAGACUUUGUUUGUUCUGUUUGCACAAAAAUGAUAAACGACGAACGUGAGGACAGCAUUGCUUGUGACAGAUGCCUUCUUUGGUCGCAUUUUAAAUGCACCUCGUUAAAAAAGCGUCCAAAGCACCGAAACUGGUUCUGCACAUCGUGCAGAGUGAAAUACGCAUGA